AUGCUUCCAUACAUCAACGCUCCUUUCGAGUACGCCGCCAAUGCCCUGGGAGCUUCAACGGACGAGCUCAAGCUUAUCUUCUCCUUCCUGCUGUCGUACCCGCUGGCCGGCCUCCUGAAACGCAUCCCAGACCGGUAUCCCUGGCAGAAGAACCUCUUCAUAAUAGCAGUUUCUCUUUUCUAUCUAGUCGGCCUAUUCGACCUGUGGGAUGGCCUAUACACUCUGUUCAUCAGCGCUACUGGCGCAUACCUCAUCGCAGCAUACAUCCAAGGCCCCUUCAUGCCAUGGAUAGCCUUCGUCUUCUUGAUGGGGCACAUGUCCCUCAACCACCUGAAACGCCAGUAUGCGAACGCGCCUGGUGAAAUCGACAUCACCGGGGCUCAAAUGGUGCUGAUCAUGAAGCUGACUGCGUUUUGCUGGAACGUCCAUGACGGGAGACUGCCUGAGAAAGAUCUCUCUGACUACCAAAAGGAGCGGGCCAUCCGCAGGCUACCUGAUGUAAUCGACUACGCGGGCUACGUCCUCUUCUUCCCCUCUCUGUUCGCCGGGCCGGCUUUCGAUUACGCAGACUACCAUCGCUGGAUCACCACCACCAUGUUCGAGCUCCCGCCCGGUACUGAUCCUUCCAAGGCGCCACCAACGCGGAAGAAGCGCAGGAUACCCAGGAGUGGCACUCCCGCUACCUGGAAAGCCUUCUAUGGCCUCCUCUGGAUUUUCGCAUUCCUCAAAUUCUCUGGCUGGUACUAUCCUGACUUGCUGCUAGGUGACACCUACAUGCAGUACGGCUUCCUCCGACGUGUAUGGCUACUGCACAUGUUGGGCUUCACCACGCGGAUGAAGUACUACGGCGUCUGGGCUCUGACCGAAGGCGCUUGUAUCCUAUCAGGCAUCGGCUAUAAAGGCAUCGACCCAAAGACUGGCCGCGCAGCUUGGAACAGAUUGCAGAAUGUCAGACCUCUUGCUAUCGAGACGGCACAGAACACGCACGCAUAUCUUGGAAACUGGAACAUCAAUACCAACAACUGGCUUCGGAACUAUGUGUACCUGCGUGUCACGCCGAAGGGCAAGAAGCCGGGCUUCCGAGCUACUCUAGCGACGUUCACCACGAGCGCUUUCUGGCAUGGUUUCUACCCAGGCUACUACCUGUCUUUCGUCUUGGCCAGCUUUCUCCAAACAAUUGCAAAGAAUGCCCGCCGCCUCCUCCGUCCCUUCUUCCUUACAGAAGACGGCCAAAAACCGCUACCAUCCAAACGCUACUACGACAUCUUCACCUACCUCGUGACCCAGCUCGCCUUCUCCUACACAGUCGCGCCCUUCGUGCUGCUCACCCUGCCAAGUUCCCUCCUCGUUUGGUCCCGCGUGUACUUCUACUGCAUCAUCGGCGCCGUGGCUUGCUUCGGCUUCCUCGCCUCGCCAGGCAAGGCUUACCUGAAGCAAGAGCUCAACAAAAGAAACAGGACCGCGACGACGAGAGCAACAAGUGAGCGGAGUUCGAGGGGCCCGACGCUGGGGCUGCCGGAUGAUAUGGAGGUCGACAUCCAGGAGGCUAUUGAUGAGGCCAAGGCGGAGUUUGAGGCACGGAGGAGGAGGGGCUUGCCGGUUGGGACGGCGAAGGACUUCAAGGCGGCUGUAGAGGACAAGGUAGGGCGGGAGCUGUAG